CGGUCAUAAAAAUGCAAGUUUAGAGCCACAGCAAAUCGGGAGUAUUGUUGGGCUGCAUUGAUGAUUCGGCACUGUUUGGAUAUUAGAAGACUAACUUCAACGCUGAAGUUAAAGAUAAGCUAGACAAUGCCCACGGGUAGAGCUCCAGUACAUUGUCACGCAUAUUCCCAGGGAAUCUCCCUCCCAUUGGUCGUCUUUCUCUCGACGCCUGUUGGGACACCAGUGAGGUUCCCUGACGUUGUCAUUCAGCGUGGUCGAGUCCUGCCGCCCACCAAGGCUGUCCCAAGUUAUAAACAGGCACAGAAUUGCCCGGGGGAUGAUUCCAGUGGUGCUGGUAAAGUUCGAAAUCCGGCUGGACGGCUUCUACUAAAUCGGAGACAGGAGGGAGCCAUGCAGACAGGGCAAGAAAACAUGCUCAUUGCAACUGACGAGAGUCAGUCGAAAAGCCGGCCAUUAGUACCAUUGCUGACGACCACCGAUGAGGGGAGUGACGGCCCAGCCAUCAUUAAGACCACCCCACCAAGAGGGAAGUGCCGGUGGUGAAUCGGGUGGCUCAAUUAGCUCAUCUCGGGAGAUGAAUCGCGGAUGUUGAACGAGUCAUG